GGUAGCAACCUCUCAUUGGCAAUUUCUCAAACACCUUCAAGGCAAGAAAAAUCAAACAGCCAAAAGAGGAGAUCGAAAAAAAUGUCGAACCAGCAGCAGCAGCAGAUCGAGAACCACCGCGAGAAAGCGGAGAUUUAUAGAGGCGAUUCCCUGUGCAACCAAAAAUCUAAAGAGCUUCUAGAAUCGAUUCAGCUUCCUAGAGGUCUUUUACCACUGGAAGACAUCGAGGAAGUGGGUCACAACGUUGAUACAGGGUUCGUGUGGGUGAAGCAAAAACGAGCUAAGGAACACAAAUUCAAGAAGAUCGGACGCCUCGUUUGGUAUGAUACAGAGGUCACCGCCUUCGUUGAGGACCGACGCAUGCGACGGCUAACCGGUGUCAAGAGCAAGGAAUUACUGUUUUGGGUAUCGGUCAACGAGAUCCGCAUCGCUGACCCUGAAUCAAAGAAGAUUACUUUUGGAACCCCAACUGGAAUUUCUCGAUCGUUUCCUGUUGAGGCCUUUGAGGAAGAGGUGGUUGGUUGAUCAGGAGAAGAAGAUCUGAUGAUCUGAUCGAAAUGGGUUGAAUAUUAUGUAAUUUCCUUUUGUUUCUUUCUUUCUUUCUUUACAAUAUCUACUUUGAUCUUCUUUAAUUUUAAUAUUAUUAUUGUUAUUGGGUUUGUUCUAUUCUUCCUCAAGUUGUAGUGGUAUAAGGAAUUGUUAUUUAUGCUUAUGAAGAAAACCUUGAUUUA